AAGUUGUAUUAAAUUUAAAAUUUUAAAAAAUAGUCCUUAAAAUUAUUUUUAAUACGAAAUAAAUUUUACGUUUGGGUAUCGGUUGGUUGUUGAGGCUAUUUGUGAAGCAUCAGUGCGUUAAAUUGGAACAAGUCUUUUUCUGUGAAGCGAAGUCCUUGCCGUGAGAAGUCGUUGCUGCUAACCUAAACAUUGUACUCACCAUUGUAGUGUAAAGUCCUAACAAAAUGUUUAGUUUUUUGAAGCGUGAGAAAAAUAACCAAGAGGUGGUGGAAAAUGUAGUGGGUGAAUUGAAAAAAAUCUACCGCAGCAAGUUGUUGCCUUUGGAAGAGCACUAUCAAUUCCAUGACUUUCACUCACCAAAACUUGAGGACCCGGACUUCGAUGCAAAGCCAAUGAUAUUAUUAGUUGGUCAAUACUCUACAGGUAAGACGACGUUUAUACGCUACCUGUUGGAGCGCGACUUUCCAGGCAUUCGUAUUGGACCUGAGCCAACUACAGAUCGCUUCAUCGCUGUAAUGCACGAAGAAAAGGAAGGUGUCAUACCUGGUAAUGCACUGGUCGUCGAUCCUAAAAAGCAAUUCCGUCCACUAAGCAAAUACGGCAAUGCCUUCUUAAACCGUUUCCAAUGCUCAACCCUGAAUUCACCUGUACUCCAGGCGAUCUCUAUAGUUGACACACCCGGUAUUUUAUCCGGUGAAAAACAACGGAUUGAUCGUGGUUACGACUUUACUGGCGUACUAGAGUGGUUUGCAGAGCGUGUUGAUCGUAUCAUAUUGCUAUUUGACGCACACAAACUCGAUAUAUCCGACGAGUUUAGACGUUCCAUUGAGGCGCUUAAAGGGCAUGACGACAAAAUACGUAUUAUACUCAACAAAGCUGAUAUGAUUGAUCACCAGCAGCUCAUGCGUGUAUAUGGCGCGCUGAUGUGGUCCUUGGGCAAAGUUCUACAAACACCCGAAGUAGCACGAGUGUACAUCGGUUCUUUCUGGGAUCAACCGCUGCGUUUCGAUGCCAAUCGACGACUUUUCGAAGAUGAAGAACAGGAUCUGUUCCGCGACUUGCAAUCACUGCCACGUAACGCAGCACUACGCAAACUAAACGAUUUGAUAAAGCGUGCCCGUUUAGCCAAAGUACAUGCCUUCAUCAUUUCGGAAUUGCGCAAAGACAUGCCAUCAGUGUUCGGUAAAGAUAGUAAAAAGAAGGAAUUGAUUAAAAACCUAGGACAGAUCUAUGAUCGCAUACAACGGGAACACUCCAUUUCACCCGGUGACUUCCCAGACAUUAAAAAAAUGCAGGAAGUGCUGCAGCAUCAAGACUUUAGCAAAUUCCAUUCACUAAAACCACACCUGCUUGACGUUGUCGAUAAUAUGCUAGCCAAGGAUAUUGCGCGAUUGAUGGAGAUGAUUCCACAAGAGGAGAUGACACUCGUUUCAGAACCGGUGGUCAAGGAACUCAAAGGCGGCGCCUUCGCUGGAGUGAUCGACGACCAUGUCUCACCGUUCGGCUACAUGAAGGGUGAGGGCAUUGAUGCUGGUUUUGGGGAGCACGACUGGAUCUGUAAUCGGGACAAACCACGCACAGACUCCAUCUUUAAUGCGCUUGGUCCAGUGGACGGCCGUAUAUCGGGAGCGACUGCCAAACAGGAACUCAUCAAAUCGAAGUUGCCCAAUUCAGUGCUUAGCAAAAUCUGGAAACUCUCCGAUGUGGAUGGUGACGGUUUCCUGGACUCAGACGAAUUUGCACUCGCCAUGCACUUAAUCAACGUCAAAUUGGAAGGCAAUGAACUGCCGAAUGUGCUGCCGGAACACUUGGUGCCACCGGCGAAGCGUUGCUAGUGUUAUUACAUAAUUUCUUUUUAUCAUUUAUUUGUUUAUUUCCUAAACGACGUUAUUGCGUGCGAGCGUUCAUAUCAUCUCGCAACAGUUUCCUACAGUAUCGUUGCUAAAGUCUGUUAAAUAAAAAUCGAAACGAAAUCCUUCUAUGCGCUAAGUCACUAAAAUUAUGUAAUUACAUCUUUGGACGCGUAGGCAAUAUACAAUAAAUAUACAUAUGUAUAAACAAAGAAAUUAAAGCAAUCGAUAUGUGCUUGCCCAGAGGCGUCGUUUUAAGUGCAUUGUUAUAUACUAAUUAAUUUAUGCCAACUGUUGUCUGUACCCAACUAAGCACUAAAUUUGCUAAAUAAGUACUAUUGCGAUGUGAGUGUGUUUGAAAUUAUAGAAUUUUCAUUAAAUAAAUCAUGUAAAAUUUGAGUUUAAACGCUAAACGUGUCAUGUAUCUUGUGAAUGUCACUGAAAUAUAUUUUUGGAAAUUUCCAUAUACACAUAUACAUACAUACAUAUAUAUAUGCUUCAAAAUUAACUAUUUAUCAAACAAAAACGAACUUUAGAUGAAUAUAUGCAUAUUAGAGUGGUCCGAAAAUAAAAUAAAAUAAAUUGUAUGGAAGAAAAUGGAAAAUAGAAGUAAACAUGUUUCUUGUUUCAUAAACUUGCAAAAAAAAAUUGUGAUACAGACAGAGCAUUGAGAUUUUUUUUUAGAUUAUCUAUGAAAGCAUUAAAAUUAAUUUUAAAUUUAGAAAGAAUCGGUAUAUAUUUUAUAGAAAAAAAAUCUUAUUAAAAUCCUAGCGAAAUACAAAACUAAAUUUUUCCAUUUUCUAGCUCCUUGUUGCGUGGCAAAAUCAUUUCUUACGACCACCCUAACUUACGCACAUAAAAGCAUUGAAGUAAAAAAUGCAAAAUCUUCUAAGUUCUUUAUAUGUAAAUUCCCUUUGAUAUACUAUACACAUACACAUACAUAUGUAUAUUUAUUGAAGUUUUGUUCAAAAUGAAACUACCACCAAUUGUAAAUGUGAAAAAUGAAAUAGAAACUAAUUUUGUUAUUUAGAAAAUGUAACCACAUGUAUAUAUGUAUGUAUGGAUUUGCACUUUUAACCGCUAUGUCGCAUUCACACAAAAAGCUACAAAGCAAAAUGAAUUGCUAAAAAAAUAAAAAAAAAAUUUGUUAAACAAGUAAAACAAGUAAUAGUACAAUAGAUUUUACACAUUCUCGGCAAUUAUUUCAGCUCUGUGUGCAACACUCGUUGAUUGAUACCUGCUCUUUUCUUUCCAGGUUUUUAGGUUAUGCAUUUGUUUUGCUUAUUUUAUACCGUUUGUGCAAUGUUUAGAACAUAUUUUUGAAUGCAAUGAUAUUUUUAUAUUCUUAUACAUACAUACAAAUGUAGUUAUUUGCAUUACCACCAAUUAAAGUUGGAAAUUGAAAAAGAAACGCAUUAAAAUGCCUUAAAUGUAUUGCAAUUUGAAUAAAUUAUUUAGCGAAAUCAAUAAAAUGAAAAUCAUUUACAUAUUGUACACAUACAUACAUAUAUAAAUACUUACAUACGUCUAUGUGUGUGCUAUUGCAAAAAGCAAAAGUUGUAAAAAUGUAUGUAAACGCAAAUUUUUAUAGCUAUUAAAUGAAACCAAUAAAACUUUUCGAAAAUAUUGUA